UACCACUACCACAUAAUGGAAUCCCACCACAUAAUAUAUAACUACGAGAUCUGGUUUCAAAAGGCAGAGAAAUGGCGACUGAAACUAAAGUGAUAGCUCCGGUUGGAAGCGGAGAAAAAGGAUGUUGCAAGUCAGGUCCCGGAUAUGCCACGCCACUUGCCGCAAUGUCUGGUCCACGGGAAAAGCUCAUCUACGUCAUCGCCGUCUACACUGGAACGGGACGAGAGAAGCCAGAUUACUUGGCAACGGUAGAUGUGGAUCCAAGCUCAGCAACAUAUUGUAGCGUCAUUCAUAGAUUGCCAAUGCCCUUUCUUGGUGAUGAGCUUCAUCAUUCUGGUUGGAACUCUUGCAGUUCUUGCCAUGGUGAUGCUUCUGCUGAUAGACGUUAUCUCGUGUUACCAUCCUUUAUAUCUGGUCGCAUCUAUGCAAUUGACACAAAGGCAGACCCGAGGGCACCAUCUUUGUAUAAGUACGUAGAUCCUAAAGAGAUUGCUGAAAAGACAGGAUUGGCCUUCCCACACACAACUCAUUGCCUUGGCUCUGGUGAAAUCUUGGUGUCCUGUCUUGGGGACAAAGAUGGAAAUGCCCAGGGGAGUGGGUUUCUUCUUCUCGACUCUGACUUUAAUAUCAAGAACAGGGGAUUUCUCAGGUGGGAGAAACCAGGACAUAGUCCCUUGUUCGGUUAUGAUUUCUGGUACCAACCUCGGCACAAGACAAUGAUCAGCACCUCUUUGGGAGCACCUAAAGCCUUCUCCAAAGGUUUUGAUCUCCAGGACGUUGCUGAUGGCUUCUAUGGAAGUCAUCUUCAUGUUUACAGUUGGCCAGGAGGUGAAAUGAAACAGUUAAUUGACCUUGGAGAUACUGGUCUCAUACCUUUGGAGAUCAGAUUCUUGCAUGAUCCAUCUAAAGAUAUAGGGUAUGUUGGGAGUGCAUUGUCGAGUAAUAUGAUAAGAUUUUUCAAGAAUAGUGAUGAAUCAUGGAGCCAUGAGGUCGUUAUAUCAGUUAAACCCAUAAAAGUACAAAACUGGGUUCUUCCAGAAAUGCCAGGGCUUAUCACCGACUUCUUGAUCUCUCUGGAUGAUCGAUUUUUCUACUUUGUGAACUGGCUUCAUGGAGACAUUCGCCAGUAUAACAUCGAAGACCCUAAAAACCCUGUCUUAACGGGACAAAUUUGGGUGGGGGGUUUACUACAAAAGGGUGGCCCUGUUAAGGCUGUUAGAGAAGACGGCGGUACUUACCAGUUUGAUGUUCCUCAAAUCAAGGGGAAAUCUCUGAGAGGAGGACCUCAAAUGAUUCAGCUUAGCCUUGAUGGUAAACGACUGUAUGCAACAAACUCGUUAUACAGCGUGUGGGACCGUCAGUUUUACCCUGAACUUAUGGAUAAAGGAUCACACAUAAUUCAAAUUGAUGUUGAUACAGUGAAAGGUGGUCUCUCCAUAAACCCUGAUUUCUUUGUGGACUUCGGAGAUGAACCUGAUGGUCCUGCGCUUGCCCACGAGAUGAGAUAUCCCGGUGGAGACUGCACAUCUGAUAUCUGGAUUUGAAUAUGAUCCAUAAGAAAAGAUUUGAGUCAGUUGUUGUCUUUUGUAGUGUAAUAAAUAAGUGUUUUCAUUCAGACAGAAAGCUUGUUUCUCUUUUGUGUAAUAAAUAAGUCUUUUGUAGUGUAAUAAAUAAGUGUUUUCAUCGA